GCAGACUUAGAUGCGAAAGUUGUGUCGGCGAAUGCGGAGCAGCAGUUACCGCCAUUGGUGUUUAUCCAUGGGAGUUAUCAUGCUGCGUGGUGUUGGGAUGAUAAGUGGAUGCCGUAUUUGUCGGCUCUGGGAUUCGACUGCUUCGCUAUAAGCAUCCUCGGUCAGGGUGGGAGCAACGUGCCGAACGCUCCCGUGGCCGGGACCAUUCAGUCCCACGCUGCUGACGUGUCAAACGUUAUCCGUCAGCUCGUUGGCCGGCCUCCGGUCCUAGUUGGACACUCGUUCGGCGGGCUGAUAGUUCAGGCGUAUCUUGCCGACGUGGCGAAGGACUGGGAGAGCAGCAAGGAUGAGGGAACCCCCUUCGCCCCUCUAACGGGGGCUGUGCUGGCCUGCUCCGUGCCGCCCACUGGCAACAUGGAGCUGGUGAAGCGCUACAUGCGCACGCGCCCCAUCCUCUCCGUCAAGAUCACCCUCAGCCUGGCCGCCAAGAUGUUUGGCUCGUCGCUCUCUCUCUGCCGCGACUCCUUCUUCUCGCCGCAGCUGCCAGAAGCGGAGGUGAAGCGCUAUCAGGCGCUGCUGCGGGACAGCAGCAAGAUCCCCCUCUUUGACCUGAGGAGCCUCAAUGCCUCGCUGCCUGUCGCCAAGCCGCCCGCGUUUUGCCCGCCUGUCAUGGUGCUGGGUGCUGCGGAUGAUGUUGUCGUGGACGACCAGGGCGUGAGGGAAACUGCAGAGUUCUUCAACACAUUGCCGGUGGUGCUGCCAUCCAUGCCGCAUGACAUCAUGCUGGACCUGGGAUGGAAGGAUGCUGCUGACGUCAUGCUGCAGUGGCUCGCAACCCAUGGGGCCAUCCCCAAGCAAUAGCCUCGGAGAAAUAAAGAGCAGCGUGUAUCUGCCUGCACCGUCUCUCGCAUUCAUUCAUCCCGUGCUCACAAGCACUCGUGCUGCUGUUUUCUCACACACACAGUCUGGCACUCUCCUUUGUUUGCUCCUCUCGUCUUGGUAUUAUUUCACCCAUGGUAUCUCUAACGCAGUAGUUGCUCAUACUCAUGGCUCAGCAGUACCUGCCAGAUUGCUUUUUUGUUGGGUCGAGGGUAUCAGAAAGAAUAAUUGAACUAGAAUGUGUGAGUACAAGGGUAUAUAGACUAGGG